AAGUUGUAAAACAUGAUAAGAGGGAGAUUCUCAGAAAUCACGUGAUGGCAUCUCAACUGUUUUCUCCUCCCCUCUCAUCCUCCCAACAGCAAGUCGCAGCCAGCCCAUCCUCUGCUUCUUCCAGCAACACAGGGCCUGGCAAGGAGGAGAGGGGACCACACUGAACCCCCCCCACACACACACACAGGAUGGGAGAGGGGGGUGAAGAGCCCCAGGAGCUGCCGAAGGAGCAGAGCACCAACUAAAAUGAAGAUGAGACCUUUCUCUGUCUCCAAGAGCUCAGUAGGGAGCUCCUCCCUUCUUGGUUACACCAUAAUCUUCAUUUCUCUUCUUGUUCACAAGUUGGACUCAGCACACUUUUCAGUGAUUGGGCCCGUUCACCCUAUCACCGCUUCUGUAGGUGAUGAAGUCAUAUUAGUCUGUCGCCUGUCACCCAGCAUGAGUGCUAAGAACAUGGAGGUGCGAUGGUACCGGGCUCAGUUUUCUUCAGUUGUGCACCUGUACCGUGAAGGGAAGGAUCAGUAUACGGAGCAGAUGUCAGAAUAUCGGGGAAGGACAGAGUUUCUGAAAGACGGCCUGGCUGACGGAAGAGUUGCCUUGAGGAUAGGCAAUAUCAGACUCUCUGAUUCAGGGCUGUACAAGUGUUUCUUUCAAUCGGAGUUCUCAUAUCAAGAAGCUGCAUUGGAACUACAGGUAUCAGUUUCAGGUACUAAUCCCCUGAUCUCUAUUGAGGGUUACCAGGACGGAGGUAUCCGAAUGGUGUGUCAAUCGGGUGGAUGGUAUCCAGAGCCUCAGUCGUUGUGGAAGGAACUCCAAGGACAGCCUCUUCCAUCAUUGCCUGCAAAAUACUUCCGUGAUGAAAACGGCCUGUUUCAGACUGAAUCUGUACUUAUUGUAAGAGAAAAUUCCAACCGGAAUCUGACCUGCACAAUCAGAAACAACAUCCUGAACCAAGAAGAAGAAUCAAGCAUUUAUAUAGCAGAUUCUUUUUUCCCGAAGGUCUCCCACGUGACAGUGAUUCUCCUGUCACUAAACCUGUUGGUUUGGGGUUUUUUCAUUCCUUUGCCUAUUUACUAUUUAUGGAAGCAAUACAAAGAAAAAGAUUCUCUGCACUCUAAAUUGAAAGUCUUUGAAGAAAAACUACGAUUUCAAGUGGAGAAAGAGAAAGAAAAAUAUCUUUCAGGAUUUGUGCUCAGAAAAGCCCGAAGAUUUGCAGGUAACUGAAAUUGACAUGUUACCAAUGUCAAAAUACCUUUCUUUCAAAGACCGCUGCUCCCUUUUCUCAAAAUUAGCAGGAUAAAAUAGUAUUGGCUCUUAAGAGAGAUGUAAGAGGCGAUAAUAUAAAAAUGCAAGUUAAUGUUUACCCCUUUCAGACCUGAGCGGUCAGCCAAAUUUGGGGUCCUGCAGGUUAUUUAUUAGGAGGAAAAAUUGAUGUUGGAGUCAGCUAUUUCUUUGAUGCAAUCCUGUUUACUUACAAAGACUGUACAAAGUCAUGUAUCUCUGAAUACAGGAAGAAUCAAACAAGAGGAAAUAGUUUCUUUUUGCACAGUCGCAAGCCUCUUUCAGCUAACAUUCAGUCCAGAAAAGUUUUGCUCUAGGCUUUUUCUCCAGGCCACGCUCCCAGUGUCUAUUCAGGAUGUGUCCUUCACUUUCUGCUUCUUAUCUGUGUCUGUUACUGCUUUGUUCUUCCUGCCUUUCCUCUCACAUAUACACCUCUACUGAAACAAUACCCACUGAAACCUCUCUGCCCACAUAUGCCUCACAUGUGCCUUUUUCUUGGGCCUUAUCAUUUGCUUGUGUUAUUGGUGGAAAAUGCUAUUGUUUCAGCUACAUGGUUACAUGAAGGAGCUCAGUUACUUUUCCCAUUGAUCCUGAAUGAAAGGCAGCUGUUAGACCCACCAACUUUUAUGGGGUUUAGCCCAACCCAUAACAUUAUAAACAGGACAAAGGGCUCAGAGGAACAGAAAUAUGAGUCAGCAGUGUAGUACUUUUGCAAAAAAAAGCAAGCAUCAUGCUGGGACGUAUUAGCAGGAGUGUUGUAAGCAAGACACAAGAAGU